UAAAAAUACUACGAUCUUAUUGUCAAAUAAUAUAGUUGGCCGCUUUUCAGAUACAGUAAAGUGGUCUAACCUGUCAAUGCUAACCUGUUGGAACUACGUUGAAAGAGACAAAGAGAACCGUCAUGUAUGGAUUGAACAUAUCCCUCUUCUUCUUUUGCACGUGACCAGACUGACAUUGUCUGGGUUACAUUUUUGUCGGUGGAAAAAAAACGGCAUGGCGUAAUCGGCACCAUUUCAAUCCUGUUUAAUAUGGACUAACAGCACCAUAAGUUUAAAUAUUUAGAACAACAUUGACACACGCUACAAGCUACACAGUAAGAUAGACGAAAUGGCUGCUAAGAAAGCACGCCAUCACAAAACCAAAAAUAAGUCGAAAACGGGAGGUAACAGGCCUACCGCUAAGGAAACGGCACCUGGAGCAGGAACCGGUAUUGGUUCCAACCAGGAAGAAAUCGUCUUUGGGUCAGAUGGGAAUGACAUGACUGCUGGCAGCCCGCAGAUUAUGGGCGGAAUGGACGAUCCUUUUGAUGAGAUUGUGGCAAAGGCGAUGAACUUUUCCUAUGCGGACUCAAUCAAUUUCAAAGGUGGCAAUUUUGCUCUUUUGAAAAGUAUACGAAAUAUGGUUUCUACAAUGGAAGAAAACAAGUUUUUGAAUUAUAUGGAGGAUAUACGAACAGGAAAGACGGGAAUUGAAGAUAUAGUAGAGCUUUUAGACAGUUUCAGGAUUGAGCGUAAUGAAUCCCCCAAUGUUCUCUCUGGGAACGCCCAUGGUACAGCUCCGUCCACUACCAAUGGCAAUAAUGAUAGUAAUAAAGGCGUUAGAAUAAAUGAGCUAGAACCGAAACGGUUGGAACAUGAAGAUCAUGAGAAAGGAGAAGAAGAAGAGGAAGGAGAAAAAGGACAAGAUGAUGAUGAAGAGGAAGAAGAACAAAUAGAAGAAGGUGGUUACGUAUCUUCCAAUGAAAAUGAAUCCGACAACAAUUCAGGUGAAGAGUACAGCUUCGACCUGGAGUUGAGCAACAACUUUUUUGACCCAUACAAAUUCCACGACGCUCUUUUCAAAGUUCUUCGCAUAACCAUCCCCAACGCCAAAGGUACUACAUCUGGAGAACAACACAGAAUCAAAAAUCUAUUUUCAAUGCUUGCCACCCUAUGUGACCCAUACACACAGCCAUCAUCCACAGGUGAUCACAACGAGAUGAUUCUAAGUGCAGACUUAAUAUCCGACCUUGUAAUAUCUCUGAUUUACAAAGAGUAUGUAAAGUUAUCCGAUGGACAGACAAUGAACUUACCAGCUUUUGACAUGGCUUACGAUAUUGCCUUAAUCAUUGAAAAGAUAAUGAUCAUCUUGAACGCAGACGAUGAAACCAACCUAAUUUACAUCAACAACGAUGAAGAACAUUGGGAGAGGGAGCUCCCAAAGUGGCUACCACACAGUGCUCUAUCAAAUAUUGUAAAUAUAGCUAGCGAUUUUCAUCACAUGAUGCUACUCUACACAAUUGCCACAGCAGGUUUACUAAUUAUCCAGAAAUUAUAUAGAAACAUGGGCAAUAUAUGUCUCAAUCCGUUUCUCUCAAUGUACUUACAAAUAUGGAAGAAUCAGACCAGAAUCAUAUAUCUGGGUAUAGAAAUAGAUAGACGUGAUGAAGAUAACGGAUUUCCAGGAUACCCUGAAGUUAUCCGAUAUAUGAUUAAGGGUGCUUCAGCUGUGCGAUCAAUGAUAUCAUUGAUAUUGAAUGAUGAUUUUGACAAAAGGCUGCAUGAUUUAAAGCACGAAUCAUUGGUAAACUUUAUGCGUCCGUGGGGUCGUAAAUUCACCAAUGGCUCGAUAACCAGAGAUAUACGAGUAUUUGUUGCUGCAUUAUUGGCUUUAGGUUCGGAAUUGGAUAGUGUCACGGAAUUAUUAUUUAAUUUUGAUCCAGAAGAUAGAUAUGAUGAAGAUAUCAAGUACAUGUUUGAGAUGGAAUUGGAAGAUAUGGAAGAGGAAAACACCACAUCCAUAUCUGCCGACGGUGCAGCUGCAGAAUUGAAAGAUGACACUGUAAGUGGGGCAGAGACAAGUCAAGGCGCCAACGAAGCGCAUGAAAAUGAACAUUACCAUGAUCAUCACAAGGAGAAUGUGAGAAGAUACGUUGGUAAAAAUGGAAUUCUUGAAAUUGAAAGACACGACGAGGAAGUCGAUGAGUAUGGUGAUGGUGAUGAUGCAAUGUUUACGAACCAGAUUUCAACUUCGUCAGCUUAUGAUUUGCACCCGGAUUGCGAUUGCGUAUUUGAAGACUUUGAGAGUGAUUUCGAUGAAGAAGGAGAGUAUGAGGAAAUUAAUGGCGAAGACGAGGCAAAAGUAGAGGAAAAUGAGGAAAGAUUGAAACAGGUCAAACAGUUUGAUAAUGUCAAGCUUUUAAAUGACUUUGAAAGCUUAAGUCACCUGAGCCACAUCGAUUUGAAAGAUUUGGACAUGGAAACGAUUCAAAAUCUACAUUUAGAAGCUGUGAGAAACAUUAAUAAUGGCCCUUCCGCCGUUAGAGCUACGGGAAGCAAAAACACCGAAAUAGACUCCAAGGGAAGAGAUUGGAGAGAUAUCCCAAGGGGAGACAAUGUCAUGCUUACCGCAAAUUUUGUGAACUUGUUGAAAAGUUCCACUGACGAUUCAUCUAUUUUUCUUACUCCGAUGGAAAAAUUAUUGAGUUCGUUGCAGAGCAUGACAUCAGAAACAUUGGACAGCCAAACAUGUGAAAAGAUAAUUAGGAGUAUUGCAUGGGUGGUUCAGUAUGAACACGAGAGCAAAUUGAUGAGUGAUGAAGAAGUAAAGAUGAACAACGAUCCUAACGUGAAUGCUGAUGUGAUUUACAAUUUCUUAAAACUGGAUGAUAAUUUCGUCAAAAUGAUGACUCAUAAUCCAUCAUCUGCUUUCUUUAUUAUAGAUGAACUACUGAUGGCUGAAGGAUAUAGGCGUGUUCUAAUUUGGUUUUUGACGCAUUUGCCUCUGAACCAAUGGAUCAUCAACUACUUCCACGAUCUUCUAAUUGGCCAGCGUGGCAACCCCAGCAAGGAAGAAAGCGAUUCCAGCACGAGGUUCAGUUUCAGUAGACAAGGGCCUCUAGUUUUAAGCGAGGUUGAGCAAUCUAUGCUUUUACACGAGUUUCUUUCUAAUGCGGUCAUCUACCUUUCUAGAGGAUCGUCUUACGAGCUCGAGGAUAUCAUGUGGAACCAAAUAGAAAAGGAGAAAACAGGUCGUCGUGAAAAGAAUAACACCACACCAACCAACAAUGUCUCGUCGUUCAUAACCAACAGAUCGAAUGCUCAAAAGUUAAUCAAGGUUAUCUGUCUUAUGUUGAAGUCUUUGGAAGCCAACAAAGUCAUUGACCCCAGUAACGCGGAAUACCGUGUUGAGAUCCAAACUUUAUUGGUUCAAUGGGUAGGUGUAGGUUUUGUCCCAGAAGCACGGGAACUUUUCUUCAAAUAUUCAAGUACAGGUAAUGUUGGCAAAGAACUGAGUGGUGAUGCGAAUGGGAAAACAAUUGUUGGGAAAGCUGAAAAGGAAAAUGCGAGCUCCACAAAGGAGAACAUUUUAUCAAGGUUAUCUCAAAGCAAGUUCUCCAAGUUAAUGUCUUACCUGGAGAACUUUUCAAGUUUUGAUUUGUUCAUAAUAACGUUGAACAUGGCUCAGCAUUACAGAACAGAGAAAAGUACUUGCUUUGAUUUUAUGAAAGAUCUCAAUUCGAUAGCACACGUUUAUGAAACAGAAGAAGAGCUCUUGAAGUCAUUCGAUGACUUUUACCUAGCUUUGAAUGAAGCUUUGUCUACUGGUGAUGAAGAGCGCAUUAUCGAAAUAAUGUAUGCGUCCAAGUUUUUAACGAGCGAAACCAACAUCAUCCAUGCUAGGAGGGCAAUUAAUAUUUUCAUCGAGGGUGGAGAAUUGACGAAUGAAGCUGAAACCAACCAAACAUUGCAGUUGUUAAGGCAGAAUCAGCUUACUGAUCAUGUCGAAAACGAGAAGAUACAAAACGCAUUGGAUAAUCCCAGCCCACCAAAGCCGACAACUUUGCUAAACAGUAAAAAGACGAAAAAGAAACCCAAGCAUGGCAAACACAAAUAAAUAGAUUGUAUAAGUUUAUCUUUGUAGGUCUUUGUAAAAUACCAACAGUUUCAUGAAAAAUGCACGGA